AUCGAUCGACUGUCAGACAUAAUAUUCUUACGGUUCUCUGUGUGCAGACCUGCAUUUUCUCCUUUAAAUCACUCGAAAAUUUACCUAAGGAUCGUUAAUCUGUAAUCACGCAAAAUGACACAAGUUAUAGUGAUAGCAUAUCUAGUCGUAGCCAUUAGUUUAAUUCAGAAUUUCCAAUCUGUUAAUGCAGCCAGAAACAACAAGUAUGUGACCUGUGGUUCGGUUCUGAAACUGCUUAAUAGUGACUACAAGGUGCGGUUACAUUCUCACGAUGUGAAGUAUGGAACUGGUUCCGGACAGCAAUCGGUAACUGCCACUGAGGUGCAAGAGGAUGUAAACAGUCACUGGGCGAUCAAAGCUGCCACCGGGAAGCACUGUGAAAGAGGUGAACCUGUGAAAUGUGGAGACACUAUUCGAUUGCAUCACUUGGCCACGAACAAAAACCUGCAUUCCCAUCACUUCCAGAGUCCACUUUCCGGCAAUCAAGAGAUUUCCGCGUAUGGAGAUGACAACGGAGUUGGCGAUACCGGUGAUCAUUGGAUGGUCGUGUGCUCUGGAGAUUCUUGGCUGCGUGAUUCUAAGGUUAAGCUACGUCACAUAGAUACCGAUGCGUAUCUAUCCAUUUCCGGUCGGACAUUCGGACGGCCAAUCAAUGGCCAGAUGGAGGUGGUCGGUAUAUCCAAUCCAUAUUCGGGUUCGGAUUGGACUGUAGCUGAGGGACUCUUCAUUCAUCCAUCGGAGAAGGAAAGCACUCCGAGACACACGGAACUGUGAGAAAAUGAUCAAAUGGGAGGCUAACGAGAAGCGAGUGAAUGAAUCAUGACAUGUAUUGUGUAUGUGUGAUGUUUGUCGAUUAAAGUAAUAAUCCGAAUAGAAAAUAGAUUUUUCCAACCAUACUUAGGAGAUGAGAA